GUGAGAAUACGCGACGUCACGAAAACCCUGUGAUACACUGGUUGUGGAAGUAAAUCAGUACUGGCAACAGAGGGCUGCUUUCUUUCUAAUAUUUCCAGAUAAAUACCUGUAAAUAGAGCAAAACCAACCGCUUUAAGACGCUGAAUUACCCUUCCUCAGAACCAAAAUGACAGCGGCGGUGUUUUUCGGCUGCACCUUUAUCGCCUUCGGCCCAGCCAUCGCGUUGUUCCUGUUUACCAUUGCCCGGGAGCCGCUGAGAGUCAUUUUCCUCAUAGCAGGGGCAUUUUUCUGGCUGGUGUCGCUGCUGUUCUCCUCCCUGGUGUGGUUCAUCUCGGUUCAGAUCAGUAAUAAAGAGAGCGCGGCUCAGCAGAAAGGCCUGCUCAUCUUUGGCGUGGUGCUGUCUGUGCUCUUGCAGGAAACCUUCCGCUUCGCUUACUACAAGCUACUAAAGAAAGCAAAUGAAGGCCUCCUCACUCUCAGCCAGGAGGAGACCAUGCCCAUCUCCAUCCGACAGCUGGCCUAUGUUUCAGGUCUCGGCUUCGGCUUCAUGAGCGGAGCGUUCUCUGUGGUGAACAUCCUGGCUGACUCAGCAGGGCCGGGGACUGUGGGGAUCCAUGGAGACUCGCAGCACUACUUCCUGUCCUCAGCCUUCAUGACGAUGGCCAUCAUCCUGCUUCACAUGUUUUGGGGCGUUGUUUUCUUUGAUGCUUGUGAGAAGCAGCGCUGGUGGGCGGUGGCAGCCGUUGUCAUCAGUCACCUCUUGGUCUCCUGUCUGACCUUCCAGAACCCUGAGUACGUCGCAAGCCUUGUUCCCACCUACGUCAUCCUGUUCCUAAUGGGUGUCUGGGCGUUCUACUCCGCCGGCGGCUCGCUCAAGAACCUCAAACUCUGCCUCACCUGCAAAGACAAGGACUUGCUUCUUGCCAACCACAGGCCUAGAUAACGCAGCACACCUAGCAGUGUGCAGGACUCUUUAUACAAGGAUCACAGAGAUCCCACACAAACACACACACACACAUUGGACACAGUGAGGAAGGAGUGUUAACCCUGUUAAAUCUGCUAUUUGAUUUGAGACUUUCAUCAUCUUAAGCGUUAAAACAUUUAAAAGGUUUUGUGGGAACAAAGAUGGGAGAUCGUUUUGAUUCCAGUCCAGCUUGGAAAAGGUUUUUAUUCAACAGUAUAACAUAUCCAUUUUGGCUAACUGUGUGCCCUUUUUGUGGUCUGCACUGUAAGAAAAAACAAACCCACAGAAGAUACUUUAGAUUGGGGGCUUAAAGCAGCAGCACUCUUUAUACAUACUCUCAGAUGCUUCAAAUCUUUCCUAGUGUUUUAUUAUUUCUAAAGAAAAUGUGUAUAUAAUUAUGCAUUUUUGAAUUCCCUAAUGUGUAAAUAUUAAAACCUUUCUUCAAGGUGCGAUAUGCUGUCUGUGGUCUGAAUAUGAACCUGCGUUUGAUUCUAAAUGCACUUGCUAAUGAUUACUAAUUGUUUGUAAUCAGUCAUCAGUCAGUCAGUAAUCUUGACGUAAUAGACCCUUGAGCAAAUAGAAAGUAGAGAAUCUAAAUCAAACAAAAUAGUUUCUUUUGUUGUUUGUCCUUGUGUGUUUUGGUUGUUCUUAUGAGUGCAAGGAUUUAGGAUAAAGAAUUAUUUACAAACAUUUUGUUUCUGUGCCUGAUUUUGUUUUUGAUCAUCUUUUGUAUUUGUAGAUUCUGUCUGCUGUGUCUCCCAAGGAUGGGAGGUACAUUAGAGAUGUAAAUUGUAUCCAUGUUUGCAUUGAGUUCAUUACUUUUCUGCCUUGUUUUGGCACUUUGCUACAUGACAAAAUGUGAUUUGGUGUAGUCUUAUAGGUGGAGAUGAGCCUGUUAGCUGGUCAGUUGGUACACCAGGCUGAAACUGAUACAACAAUCCUGCAAUAACUCUUACCUUCAUGAUGUCAUGCUGUUUAAUCCUACUGUAAUUCAAAGAGAAGUGUUUCUUUUGUGAGUUAUAUCCAAGAAAUGGGGAAAGAAAUUAUUGUGUGCUCACUUUCAGUUUUUACUUCAUAUUGUAAAACACAUUCAGCUCUCCCUCUGCAUUAAGUUAACUUUAAAUUUCUUGUUUAUUUCUAGAAGGUUGCAUUUCCUUUUAUCACCAUUGUUGGAUAGGUUUUAAGUGUGUACAAUACUUCAAUGACUAAAGGAAUAAUAAUAAAAAAUGAUAUUCCUGUCA